GCAGGUCAUCGUCUUCCCACGGCGCACCCUCUUCGAACAAAGCUUCGAUGUAUCCCAGCUUCAGGUUUCUGGUCACGAGACCCUUGGCUGGUGGGUUGUGGCCAAGGGUGCCACCGACCUCGACGAACGCAGCGCGCUGGAACAGCUGUCCGGGGCCGCUCUGGACAAGCGAGGGCACCAGAAGGUCAUCCAGAUUCUGGAGUGGGUCGGCUGGGCCGUCCACGAGGAUGCCAAGGCGUACCAUAAGAGCGAUGGCUGA